AUGUUUGCAAGACCAUAUGUCUGUCUGAGCUGCAGAAGACUACCAUUGGGGUCUUUAAAAGCAUUACAGAAUCGAUAUCCCCAUGCAUAUCCAGCAUUGACCCCUCAGCGACUCCAAAAAUGCCUGUCAACCACUCCCCACCUUGACCAGUCUGGAAAACAAACCAACACGAGUCCUACUGAGACAUCUUCAGACUUGCAAAAUCAACGACGGAGAGGGAGUAGGCUUCCUGCAGCUCCAACUUCCUUACGGCGAGUUGCGGUCGAAGCACAAAGAUCUAAGGAUGGGUUUAUCUCUAAAGCGUUGCUACGCGAGCAGGGAUUGCAUCGAACCAAGACAGUGACUGCAUACGCAGUAGCCGAACAAUUCAACAUCCGCCGGGUCCGAGAUAUCUUGCAAGAGAAAGGAUACGAACCCGACCCUUUGGAGACCGGGCUUUUCCCUCAAGUCGUUCAUGUUCAAAUCCCGAUAGACUCCAUCCGCCGCGUGACCAACCCCUCCAGUACAGACCUACCAUCCGAAGAGGUAGGCGAUGUCUUCGUAUUCCCCUCCGGCACAGUGGUCGCAUGGUCGCUGCCGGAAGGAUUUACGUCAUUCCUAGCAACACGCACUCUGUUGCCCGCGGCAGAGGGUGCUCAUGUUGAUGAUCUGGAAACCGAAGAUCUAGAUUUUGUGGAGGACCCCAACAGGGACAACAGUGUCAUCAAAGGGGACACAAUCAUCCUGGGGACCAACUCCGGAACGAAGGAAGGACUUUCAGCCCCGCAUCAGUCCGUUGACACAGUUCUGACUAAGGUCGCCUUCUCGUCCGGUCUUGCUCGAAGCACGAAACUAGCUGUCCUCGAAAGCCUCCUGGCCAACUAUUUCGAGUCGACUCGACCAAUACCGACCCUUCUAUCUCAAGGAUCUCGACUUCCUUUCACGCGAGACUUCAUUCUUCGGAAGACCGGGCAACUUCUUAGCGUCCGGGCACAGCUCAACCUUUACUCCGAGCUUACGGACUCUCUCCCCGACAUUUUCUGGGAUAGCCGACAUGAGCUUGGUCUGGAGGGAUACUACGAACAGGCUGGACGGGCCUUGGACGUUGGCAUACGCAUCAAGCUUUUGAAUGAAAAGAUGGACUAUGCACAAGAGAUCGCCAGUGUACUCCGGGAACGGUUAAGUGAGACACAUGGUCUCCGACUGGAGUGGAUCAUCAUUCUGCUGAUCGCUGUGGAAGUUGGAUUCGAGGUCAUGCGGCUAUGGAAGGAGAGAAUUCACGAGCAAGAGGAGAAGGCGCGCAAAACCGAGAUGCAUGACUGA